CAAACAACAGCAACACUUCCUGGUUUCAGGGCGAGCGCCGUUGGCUUGAUGGAGCAGCAUAGAAGAGGCGCUUUCUGAAGAACGACAAUAGACUUUAACCAGAGAUGUAAUUUCAGAUUAAUAAAGUCUUUCAGGUAUUGUUUUGUGGUCAUUUGUGGAAACAGCGUUCACUAUGGGUUUACUGACGAUACUGAAGAAGCUGAAGCAUAAGGAGCGGGAGAUGCGCCUCCUAAUGCUUGGACUGGACAAUGCUGGAAAAACAACCAUCUUGAAGAAAUUUAAUGGCGAGGAUGUCAGCACUAUUUCUCCCACCUUAGGAUUCAACAUAAAAACACUAGAGCAUAGAGGGUUCAAAUUGAAUAUCUGGGAUGUAGGAGGUCAGAAAUCAUUGCGGUCGUACUGGAGGAAUUAUUUUGAAAGCACAGAUGGACUGGUGUGGGUGGUGGACAGUGCAGACAGACUGAGAUUGGAAGACUGUAGGAAAGAACUCAAUGCACUGUUACUGGAGGAGAGACUAGCAGGAGCCACCCUUCUUGUAUUUGCCAACAAACAAGAUCUGCCUGGAGCAUUGUCCAAGGAUGCCAUAAAAGAGGCACUAGCUCUAGAUGAGAUCAAGACGCAUCAUUGGUGUAUAGUGGGCUGCAGCGCGGUAACGGGUGAAAACCUCCUGAUGGGUGUCGACUGGCUCCUGGAUGACAUUGCUGCUCGGAUCUUUACAGCAGACUGAAAAAGCUGCCUUAAAUAUUUAAAUUCCAGUCAGCCAAUUUUGCUGCAGUUGUAACUACAGAAAUUAGUCUCAGUCGGAAUCUGUGGUUACAACAGAGGGCACUUCAACUACAGUGUGAUUUUGAAGGAUUCGCUUGCCCUGCACCCUUGUCAUUUUCAGUUCAUUAAUGAUGCAGAAUUUCACAUUGCCACUCUUCCAAAUUUGAGUAAGCGAUACAUUUAAGCCUCUAUUUUCUCACAUACACACUGAAAACUGUUUUUUACCUGUUCAAUGGGAAUGGAAAACAAAGGUCUUCAAAUAAAGAUUUGUGGCACCAUGAGUGGAAGACUGAAGAUGCACUGUGCAGUAAAUGUACCAGCUCUUGGUAAUUCUGCAGAUCCUUGCCCAGGAAAUUGUUUGCCAGUGAUUUUUAUGGUUUUUGUAGUCUCACAAUGACCAUCAAAUGAGUGUUUACACACUUUGAAAUAAGCCAAAUAAAUAUGACCAGUUCACCAGAA